CGGCGCAAACCACGUGCGUGCCGGGAUCCGCGCGCCCGCAGUUCUCAGCCGCUAUUUCAGCCUCUCUCCUGUGCACACCUUACUGACAUGCAAUAUGUCUGUGCAUCUGGCAGGCCGAGCCUGUAAGCGGGGCUGCAGAACGUGGGAUACGGUGUAAAAUGCCCAAACAGAACUGAAAGGUUGGACUUUUGACCCAUUUCACAGACUAUUUAAUGCAUUUGUGGAUCAAAAAAAUGGAGUUGGUUUUUAUUUUAAUGAAGACAUUGUCAGCAAUCCUGAUACAGCUAUCAAUAUUCACUUUGGAAGAUGCAUGUGCCUGAUUUUUGGUUGGAUGAGUUGUCAGUUCUGAAAGUUUCUUCAGUCACAGUUUCUAUUUGAAAACUCAAAUAUCAAAGAAUAUUGGAUUUAGAAUGACAUAAUGAAGAUAUAUUUUGUCUGAAGACUACAGAUUUCAUAGAGACCACAGCUGGAUUCCAACUAAUACUGUCCAAAGUGUUUCAUAUUCUAUCUUUUGAUAAACCAAAUUUUAAAGAAUUUUAUAUUUUUAAAUAACACCAGAAGAUGGGAGAAAAAAAUGGUAAUGCAAAGACUUUCUGGAUGGAGCUGGAAGGCAAUGGAGAAGUGGACUUGGUAUUUCAAAAAGCACAAGAUGUGUUGCAAUCACUGAAACAGAAAAUAAAAGAUGGGUCUGCCACAAAUAAAGAAUAUAUCCAAGCAAUGAUUCUAGUGAAUGAAGCAACUGUGAAUAACAGUUUACUGUUGGUAAAAGAUAGUAUACCCGGGGCUCAGAAUGAACAAGAAAACAAAUCUGAAGUGUUUCCCUCCACGUCUUGUGAAGACUCCAUUCCAGAGGAUUGUACAGUUCUAUCUACAGAAAGAAAGGAAGUUCUCUGUCUAGAAAAUAAAGACUUUGGAGGAAAGGAGCCACCUUUGAAUUUAUCUUACCAAAGUCAUGUCUGCUCUGGUGCCUGCCUCAUGAAAAUGCCACCCACCUUCAAGGGAGAAAAUCCUUUGCAGCUACCAAUCAGAUGUCACUUCCAAAGACGACAUGCAAAAACAAACUCUCAUUCUUCAGCACUCCACGUGAGUUAUAAAACCCCUUGUGGAAGGAGUCUGCGGAACAUGGAGGAAGUGUUUCAUUAUCUACUUGAGACAGAGUGUAACUUUCUGUUUACAGACAACUUUUCUUUCAAUACCUAUGUUCAGCUGAGUCGGAAUUCCCCAAAGCAAGAAGUUGUGUCUGAUGUGGAUAUUAGUAAUGGAGUGGAAUCAGUGCCAAUUUCUUUCUGUAAUGAGAUUGACAGUAGGAUGCUUCCACAGUUUAAGUACAGAAAGACCAUAUGGCCACGACCAUAUUAUCUAAACAACUUUUCCAACAUGCUCUUUGAUUCAUGUGACUGUUCUGAGGGCUGCAUAGACAUAAAAAAGUGUGCAUGUCUUCAGUUGACAGCAAGAAAUGCUAAACCUUAUCUCUCGUCAAGCGAUAGAAUAACUACUGGAUAUAAAUACAAAAGACUACAGAGACAAAUACCUACUGGCAUUUAUGAAUGCAACCUAUUGUGCAAGUGUAAUCGACAAAUAUGUCAAAACCGCGUUGUCCAACAUGGCCCUCAUCUGAGGCUGCAAGUAUUCAAAACAGAGAAGAAGGGAUGGGGAGUACGCUGCCUAGAUGACAUUGACAGGGGGACAUUUGUGUGCAUUUAUUCAGGAAGAUUAUUCAGCAGAGCUAAACCUGAGAACCCUAAAGCCAUUGAUGGAAAUGGAAAGAAACAAAAUAUGGAAAUAUUUUCAAAAAAGAGGAAAGUAGAAGUUUCCUGUUCAGAUUGUGAAGUUGAAGUUGUCCCUUUAGGAUUGGAAACACAUCCUAGAAAAACUGAUACUGAGAAAAACCCACCUAAGUGCAGCAGUAAUCCAAAACAGCCUAUUGUGGAACUGAACUAUAAAAAUAUUUCAAGAACUCAAUAUGACUCAGUUAUUAGAAGUCCUAAAUCCAAGACAGCCACUGUUCAUCACAAUAGGAAAAAAAUGGGAUUGGUUUCCUCAGAGUCUGUCACCCUACAAGAUAAUGAUGGACUUCAGACAUCCCAAGAACACCUGAACUCGAAAGCCAGGAGAGCACAUGGGAACAGACGGAACCAAGCAACUACAUUGGAUAAUGAGAAUACUAAAACAAAUGUUGAACUUCAAAUAAAAGAAUCUCAAGAAGAAAAAUCUGCAUCUCAAAGCGAGCGGGUCAUUUGUGAUGAAGCAUCGCCACAUGACACCAAGAACCCUUCAUCUGAUUCUCCACUGAGGCUCAAUCAAGAGAAGGCGUUUCUGUUGGAUGCCUCUAAGGAAGGAAAUGUUGGCCGCUUCCUUAAUCAUAGUUGUUGUCCAAAUCUCUUGGUACAGAAUGUUUUUGUAGAAACACAAGACAGAAAUUUUCCAUUGGUGGCCUUUUUCACUAACAGGUAUGUAAAAGCAAGAACUGAACUAACCUGGGAUUAUGGUUAUGAAGCUGGAACUAUGGCUGAUAAGGAAAUCCUCUGCCAAUGUGGAGCUAAUAAGUGUAGGAAAAAAAUAAUAUAAACAUAUGUCUCAUGCUUGCUCAUGAAAUUAGCUGGUUAGGCUUAAAUUAAAGCCUCAGUUUUCAGUGGAAUUAAUGGUUGAUAAUCCUGCAAGAUAAUUCCUCUGUUUACCCUUGUUCAGGGAGUUCAUAUUUUUAUUUCUGGAUUUAUUUGUAUAGUUUUGAAAGGCCAAGAACAAAAUAAGGACAUUUUCAUAUGCAUCAGGUAUCUCUUGAUUUUAUUUUUGUUCAACUCUACAUAAGUAGAAUGGAAAUGCAUAUUUUCUAUAAAUACCACUGUACAGUUUAUAAAUUAUUUGUAAAUUGUGUUUUAAGAAAAACAAAAGGGACAAUAGAAUUUUAAUUGUUUCUAAAUUGCUGUUGUGAUUAUUAUUUUUGAGGUUUAUGCUUGAAAGAGCCAAAUUUUACUUUGUUUGUUUUUUCAAGGUAGGGUUUUAUACUAGCUCAGGCUGACCUGGAAUUCACUUUGUUGUCUCAGUGGCCUCGAAUUCAUAGCAGUCCUCCUACCUUCUGCCUCCCGGGUGCUGGGAUUAAUGGUGUGCGCCACCACACCUGGCAUCAAUUUUUACAAUUUUAUAUUUUUACUUACAAAUUUAAUUGAUAUUAGAUUCACAGUAUAUUAUUUACCAUUAUGAGCUACAAGGAGAGCAACAGUCAGAGGAAUAUGUAGGAAUUAAUUUUAUGCACAUUACUUCCAAGUAUUCCUUUUUGAAUUCAUGGCCUUAUAUGUGCUAGGCAGUCACUAUACCACAAAGCUAUACCCCUCAGCCCUCUCAAGUAGCUUAACACAUGUUGCAGAAGCUACAUUUGACUGUAUGAAACACUGUCCCUUUAGCCCUAGGGGUGGGACAAUCUGUCACUCUUUGAAGAUAAGUCAUCUUUUCUAGUUCUUUUUACUCUUUCAGUACAAGCAAGACAAAAGAGAGACCUAGUGGAAUUUAUUUAUUUAUUUGAGAGACUGGCAGAGAGAGAGAGAUGGGGAGAGAGACAAUUGGUACACCAAGGCCUCCACCCACUGCAGAGGAAUUCCAGACACUUGUGCCACCUUGUACAUCUGGCUUACAUGGGUCCUGGAGAAUCGAGCCUCAAACUGGGGUCCUUAAGCUUCACAGGCAAGUGCUUAAAUGCUAAGCCAUCUCUCCAGCCCUCAUCUUUUGUUUUAAACAAAGUAAAAGUAUAAGUAAAGGAAAUCCUGAAGCAAGUCAAAAUUGGCUUAUGCAGGCUUAAAGAAAAUGUGUUUAAAAAAAAAACCAAUUCUUAACUGCAGACAGAUGAAUUAAUUUAUUCAUAGUAAAGAUGCAGGAAUUAAUUUCAGGCAAUGUGUUAAAAUGGAAGUUGAAUCAGUAUGGGAAAUACUUCUGUGCAAAAAAAUCAGCAUUAAGUCAGGCAAUACUUCCUUGAGCUCAUUGGGCUUUGGAGUCACUCUCUCAGCUCCAACUUUUACAGAAAUUCCACCAGAAACCCUGAUCAGCUUCAGCCCAUUCUGGUUCCCAGCUACAUCUUCCAUUCAUACCCUAGACUUUCCCUUGUUACUCCCACAGAUUGGCGAAGCAGUAACUUUCGUUGUUUUGUUUAUUGAGACACGGUCUCACGCUGGCCCUGGCUGUGUGAACUCCAUAGACCACGCUGGCACUGACCUGUCAGCAGCCUGCCUACCUCAGUUUCCCAAGUGCUGGGGUUAGAGGUGUGAGCUGCCACACCCAGCUUAAAGCAAUAACUUUGAAAAAGGGAAAAGAAGAAGAAACUGUCCUGAGACUUUCUGUUUGAAACUGUCAUUAUUUUCGUCUUCAUUGCCAGUUGGCACGGUAUAGGAUUCUUACCCUCCUCUGGGAGUGUACAGGAUCAUCACCACCCCAGUGUUCUCUCCCUGGAAAAGUUCCACUUUUACUACUUCUGCAGGGUGUCUGUUAAGAUCAUUCAAUCUGAAGUUGCUCCUUAAGUACAGGGAAGUUCUUUUGUUUUGGGUUUGGUUUUUUUGUUGUUGUUGUUGUGUUUUUGUUUUUGUUUUUUUUUUUGCCAACCUCUUAUUGACAGUUUUUGUACACAUACAUAAUAUGUUUUGGUCAUAGUCCCCUCCCAUUACUUUCUCAUGUCUCCGCUCUCCCAUCGACCUUCCCCAGGCAGGACGUCAUGAACUACUCCCUCUGCUACUUUGAUAGUUUGUGUGCUCGCUCGGUCUCUUUCUCUCUCAUUUGCUCUCCGACAUCCAUGACAGAAUAUUGUGCAGAUCAUAUUCAGGUAACAACAGUGCUGUGACAUCAUGAACAUAAUGUCCAGAAGACGGCACUCCUUACAUUCUUUCCGCCACCUCUUCCCCAGUAGCUCCUGAACCUAGGGAGGUGUCAAAAGAUGUCUCAUUUAGCACUGAGCACUCAGCUGUCACUUCUCAGCACUUUGAGUUUUAAUUUUCCCCAGUAAUAACUGCCACCUGCAAAAAGAAGUUUCUCUAAGCUGGGCUUGGUGGUGGCUACCACUCAGGAGGCAGAGGUAGGAAGAUCAUCGUGAGUUCGAGGGCACCCUGAGACUACAUAGUAAAUUCCAGGUUAGCCUCAGCUAGAGUGAGACCCUGCCUCGGCAGAGGGGACGGGGGUGUGAGAAAGGGCUUUAUUUACCAUGUCCAACCUGAGGUAUUUUGCUGAGAAAUCCCCAAGUGUCAUUCUCUUCAGGGCUGGAGUUUCGGCCUGUCAGGAUAUAUACUUCCACCCUCCUGAGCAGCAACGCCCUUGUGUGCUGGUGCUCUUCCUUCCCGGCUUGCUGCUGCUGCUACUAUCUGCAGUGCAUUUCAUAUUCACCAUCCAUGGUGCCUUUUCAGCUUCUCUCUCACUCUCUUUUUAUUACCCCAGUUUCUGUUUUUCUCACUUCAUGGUCCCUGAAGUUUUCGUUUGAUUAAUUCUACAGCAAACUAUAUGCUGUGGUCAGCUCCAAGUUGCCGAGACAAACUUCCAAAUAGACAGAUUUUACGGGAGGAAGGGAUUAUUUCAGCUCUCAGAUCCAGGGGAAGAUCCAUCAAUGGCAGAAGCUGCUGCUUCCAUACAUCAAAGCAGAGGAAAAAACUGCAGCAAGCAAACAGCAGCGCCAGCACACAGCAUGAACCUCACCAGAGCUCAAGCUGCUGUCUGCACACCUUUCGACUGGAAUCAGAUCUGCCCCAGUGGCACGCCCCCUGCAGCAGGCUGCUGAGUACUAAGUGCCUGAGUCUGUGGGGACAUGACUCACAUUCCGACUGUCCCACCAUGAUGAUGUGCUUCUUUCCCAAAGCCAUUUUUAAAUUAAAUUUAGUUCUUUGAAUUGAUGUCUACAUGUACAUUUGUUACAUGCACUGAAAACCUGAACCUUUAUGGUGCUGUGUACCUCAUGGGUGCUAAAUAAAGGCUCCUUACUGGAAGCUGGA